AUGUUCACUUAAAACAUAACUGAUUGUGUUUACGUGAAUACUCACCAAGACUAGCAUUUUGACAUUAUUUUGUGUUUAUUUGACUGUUUAUGCGCAAUAUAAGCAGCAAAAAAGAACUCAAUUUAGUACUGAGACAGAGACUGCUUUAUGUACGCGUACUUUGGGUGUGGGCACAAAAGUUGGAACGAGCAAAAUUAUGCCAAUACAUGCAAUUCCGCAAUCAAACAUGCAAUCAUUUUCUUCAAAUUUACAUUGUUGCGGCACCUGUUUUCACACUCUGUCUGAACGCUCUGUUUUCGUUUUGAUUUCUUUAAAGCCCCUCCUUCUGAAAAGCGUAGUCUGCCUGGAUUGGUCAGCCAACCAGUCUGUUGUGAAUGGUCUGCUGCUUAGAGCUUGUGUCGGAAAAGUAAAGCCCCGGCAUGUUUUAUCUCCAGAAGCACUGUAAAUACUACUGUAAUUACGCUAAUCUUCACAUGUGAGACUUGUGAUGGACAUUUCACAAUAUUACUUUUUUUUUUUUUAUCCAUCUCUUACAUUCUUAGGAAGUCCAUGCAAUAAUGUGUUUCAAAAACAGCGUUUCCUCAACAGCCUUACAACUACAUUUGUUUGGGGUGAGCCAAGAUAGUCAACAGGCGGUGUUAUGUAAAUGUGUUACAUGCCGUAGUUACAUUAUGGAAAUAAUAGCUGGGCUACAAACGAGGCGUUCGAGGCAGGUGCUUUCUGUUGGAGAGAUUCACUCCCUUUGGCAUGGACUUUGUGCUUUGUUAAUUUCAGUCUGCAAUCUGUGCUUCUCUGUUAUUGUCUCCAGAUAUUUCGCUGCAGUUGUGUUGGAUUUGGAUGAAGGAGAAAUAAUAACAACAACAUGCUGCUGCAAGACUAUUACAUCUCCAGUGAGACCAGCACCAUUCUGGUCCUGUCAGUUUUAUCCGUCCCUUCAGAUUCAGAAAUGUAACAGUGUAGUUAUUGCAGAGCCUUCUGGGAGUUAAGGACACAAUCGCAUUGCUUCGAUUUUCUGAAGAACAAAUCUGAUUCUUUGAAGGUUCUUUGCUUUUAACCUUUGGAAGAACCUAAUCAAGCGGCCGUAUUGGCUGGUGUUUACAGACAGUGAUCCAAAUAGGACCGUUUGUUCUGGAUGUGCUUUAAUGUGAUUCUCUGUGUUGUUCAGCCUCUCACAAAGUUUCAUUUUAAUGAAGUGCUUCUUUGUGAUUCACUAUCACUCUAGAAUAUUCUUUCACAUGCUCGGAAUAAACAAACUUGACAUUCUCCUUUAGGUCCUCUUCAAUCAAGAUGGACUUGGGCAUCAUUAUGGUGUGUGCUGACCUGAGCUAAAGAUCUCCUUAUGGAUCAGCUAGAUUCAUGGUCUCCACCGCCGUACUUCGAUGAAGACAGCUACCCCUCCCCUCCCAGGAAUAUGAAAGGUUUAUCAAGCGGCCGUCCUCAACUCACCUUCACAUCAGGACACACCUGUGGGCUGCCAGACUGCGAUCAGUCCCUUGAUCACUUGCAGCAUGUCGGCCCCGACCCUCGCUCUCCCUACCUGCUCAGUCCGACCGAGAGCUGCCCUCUGGAUCCACACCGCUGCUCUCCCCGCAGCUCCAUCCACUCGGAGUGCAUGGUGAUGCCUGUUUCUAUGGCAUCUGACCACGUUUCCAGCAGCACCUUUCCCAGAAUGCACUACAGUUCACACCACGACGGCUCGCGGGAUGACGGCUCCACUUCUCACGGUGGCAGCGGCGGUGGAGGGGUCGGUGUCAGUGUUGGCGGUGGGGGCGGCGGGUCCGGGAAGAUGAACCGUAUUCCUGCGAACCUCCUCGACCAGUUUGAGAAGCAACUGCCGAUUCAUAGAGACGGUUUCCACACGCUGCAGUACCAGCGCACGUCCGCCACCACCACGAGCAGCGAGCAGCGCAACGAGAGUCCCGGGCGCAUCCGCCACCUGGUGCACUCCGUCCAAAAGCUCUUCACCAAAUCCCACUCGCUCGAAGGGUCGUCCAAGAUGAACGGCACCAAGGGAGACUCUCGCUCAGACAGCGGACACCACCACCACCACCAUCACGGACAUCACCAUGGAAACCACAAACACAGCAAAAGGAGUAAGAGCAAGGAACGCAAGUCAGACUCCAAGCAACGCUCAGGGAUAGCAGGCUGGUGGAGUUCUGACGACAACCUGGACAGCGACAGCACCUACCGGACUCCCAGCAUCAUGAGCCGGCACCACGGAGAUCAUAUCACUCACUGUUACCCAGACACGGGCCAUGGGCACUUUGGCGACCUUUCGCUCAAGACCUCCAAAAGCAACAACGACGUAAAAUGUUCAGCAUGCGAGAGCAUCGCUAUGGCCCCGGAGGGCAAAUUUAUGAAGCGCAGCUCCUGGUCGACGCUGACCGUCAGCCAGGCUAAAGAAGCCUACCGCAAAUCUUCCCUCAACCUAGAGAAACCAUCCAUGCCUCAAGAUCUGAAGUCCUCCAUGAGGCCUUGUCAUUAUUUGCAGGUCCCUCAGGAUGAAUGGGGAGGGAGAGAUGAGGAGAUCCCAUGCAGAAGGAUGCGGAGCAGCAGUUAUGUUAAAGCCAUGGGCGAUCAGGACAGCGGAGACUCCGACGGCAGCCCUAAAAACUCCCCGCAGAAAAGCGUGCGACCCGACGCGCUUGUCAAAUCCGUACUGCAGAGACAACUUUCAGACCAGAGCUCGUACCGUCUGGACAAGUCAAGCCGAGACAUGGUCAAAUACCUCACCAAUAUCACCGCAGAUUUAAGUCAAAGCUACCAUCUUCAGACCUCUAGGGAAAUCCAUCCCAGCAUCACACUGGAACCGUCUCCCAACUACAACUCGCCGAAGUUCCGCUCCAGGAACCAGAGCUACAUGAGAGCGGUCAGCACCCUGAGCCAGGCCAGCUGCGUCAGCCAAGUCAGCCAGGUGAGCGAGACCGAGGUUAAUGGGCAGUUUGAGUCGGUGUGUGAAUCUGUGUUCAGCGAGGUGGAGUCUCAGGCCAUGGAUGCUUUGGACUUGCCGGGCUGCUUCAGGACACGCAGCCACAGUUACCUGCGAGCCAUCCAGGCUGGAUUCUCACAGGACGACGACUGCGUCCCCUCCAUGACAUCAUCAACUGUCACCUCCACCAUCAGGUCCACCACAGGAAUUCAGUUCCAUCUCCCUUCUUCAGGCAGUGUGGACCGUCCUUCACAACAGCCACCAGCGGUCACCUACACACCCAGUACACCCACCUAUAAGAGGACGCCUCCACCCGUGCCCCCUCGUUCCACCUCUAAGCCCCUCAUCUCCAUCACAGCGCAGAGCAGCACAGAGUCCACGCAGGAUGCCUACCACGAGGGACAGCUGGCCAGAGGUGGCAUUUGGGGUUCUGAAGGGUUGAGUCUGAGUUUGGGUCGAGCCCUUUAUAACUCUACUGACAGUCUGGACAGCGCCAAGGCCGUCACUAUUGCCAUGGAAGCGGCUGCCAUGGCAAUGGCAGGAAAGAGACACCCCUCCACAGACAGCCACAGCUCAGUAAUGACCUGUGAUAAAGCUGUGCUGGUGUCCAAGGCGGAAGAGUACCUAAAAACACCAAGGUCUUCAAUAGGAAUACAGGUGGAAGCGGCGACUGAUUCUGAGUGUGAAAGCAAAAGCUCUCGAGAGUAUCAGUCUGUUGGGAUUCAAGUGGAAGACGAGAGACGGCAGGGCCGAUUUAAGCGGUCCAACAGUGUCACCGCCGCCGUUCAGGCUGAUCUGGAGUUGGAGGGUUUUCCUUUAAUGGAGGAUAAAGGUCUUCAGUUUGGUGGAGGUUUCCAGCGUCACAGUGAGCCCAGCACCCCUACGCAGUAUGGCGCCGUACGGACCGUCCGCACCCAGGGUCUCUUCAGCUACCGUGAGGACUACCGCACCCCCACGGAGCCUCCGAGUCCCCAGCGUAGCCCCGAGCCCUGGCUGGAGCCCUCGCCACGGGAACCCAUCGCCACCGUGGCGGUUACCGUGACACCGCCCCAACCCACGGAUUCGGGAAGAGCGUCGCCCUCGUGCAGGAGAGACGGAAGCUGGUUCAUGCAGCUUCUGCACACGGAGACGAAAAAGAUGGAGGGGUGGUGCAAAGAGCUGGAGGGAGAGGCAGAGGAGAACGAUCUGUCAGAGGAAAUCCUGGGGAAGAUCCGGAGUGCAGUAGGAAGCGCACAGCUCUUGAUGUCCCAGAAAUUCCAGCAAUUUUAUUGGCUUUGCCAGCAGAACCUAGACCCCAGCGCCAUGCCUCGGCCCACCUCUCAGGACCUGGCCGGGUUCUGGGACCUGCUGCAGCUCUCCAUCGAUGAUGUUACCUCCAAAUUCAAUGAGCUGCAGAAGAUCAAGUCCAACGAUUGGAGGCUUAUUGAGAGUCCUGUGAAGAAGCUCCCGCCGCCAGUACCAAAGAAGACAUUACGUAAGAGUGUGACGAGGGAAAAAUCUUUGGAUCUCCCAGAUCGUCAGAGACAGGAGGCACGACGGCGCCUCAUGGCGGCCAAACGCGCAGCUUCAUUCCGCCAAAACUCAGCAUCGGAGCGGGCCGACAGCAUUGAGAUCUAUAUACCGGAGGCCCAAACACGGCUCUGAGAGUCACAGGGAACACCUUUAUAACACCAUCGUCAUCAUUCUCAGUAACAGAGCCAGUUUGAAGUAUCUCAAUACAUUCAUCAAGCAAAACAAAAGAAACAGAAGGGUUUUGUAACUUGUUUCAGAACUGCCUACAACAUCCAUAUGAAGUUUUUCCUUUUUAAGGAAACAUACUUCACCAAAAUAAACAUAUUGCACAACAUAUCGCAAUUGUAGACCCACAUGAUAAUGACAUCGCUUGAUAAAGCAAAACUUUAGAUUUAAGCUUUAAUCACAGCGGAAUAACAUGUCCAAUCUGACGAUCCUUCUGUGAGUGUCUUUAUGACAUCCAUUUAGCACUUUCAAAAUGGAGAAAAUUACAUUUUUAGGCCUCAAAUCUACACAAUUCAUUUCUUUUCAUUAAAUUAAGAAACCUGAAGAAAAGUCUUUAGUUCCGUCUGGUUCAAUUCAUUCAAGUUUUGUAGCUUUGUAUUUCCAUGGUUACAUUUCAUUUCUUUAUCUUGGUAUUUCUUUUUUUUCUUCUUCUUCUUCUUUCCAUCUCUCUCUUCCCAGUGAAGUUCGUAGUAUUUUUCUCAUGAACUCUCAUGUGAGCAUUUAUGUAAGUGCCAGUGCUGAAAUACCUCAAUCAUACAUUUUAGACUGAAGCCGUAGGCCAGUGCGGACAGUCACAGCCUUUUAAAAAAACGUUGUUGGUCAUACACUGUUAUGGGAGAACUUAAAUCUCAGCCUGAGGGUUUACACUGUCGGAUUAGAGAUCAGUUUUUAUUAUACUCCUACUUACUGAUAUCAAAUAUACAGCUGUCACACUACUACAUACUUGAUGUUUAUGUCAUUCUAGAGGAAUUACUGUAGGAUUUUGGGUGCAAUUGCUUAAAACCUAAAUUCAACAAUGUAAAGGUUCAAAAAUGCAUUUUUGCACUUUCUUCUUCUAAAUGUAUGUUUGUAUGUAUUUCCAAGGGAAAUGAAGUUCUAAAAGAUAUUGUUGCAGUUGAAUUGCAAGGUUUUGUGUGACUAUCGAUUUAUCAUUUAAGGUCUCUGAAUGUUUUCAUGCCUCACAUUGUCAUUCAUCAGUUUGCAUUUGUUUUUACUAAAACCAUUUUCCUCUCCAUCUGCUGUUAUCAAGCAUCUGACCCAUGUUCUCCACCAAAAAAAAAAAAUGCUUUUUAUCUCCUUUCUGUAUGUCUUGACAGAGAAUCAAUGAUCGUGUCUCAGUUGAAGGAGAUGUCGGGUGUUCCCAUAAUUAUCUAGAUGACUUUGCGGUUGGUGAUAGAUGUUUUAUCAGUUAGACCGUCUGCAGUCCACAUACCACACAUCUGUGAGAGCGUGCAGAAUGAUAAGUUCAAUUUAACUCUGUAAUCAAAGUAGAAACCGAGUCUAUUUGAUGGCAUUUGUCUGAACAGGCGGCUGCAGUAAACAGGAUGGUUGAUUAUAUUAGAUGAUCAAAACUGAAGGUCAAUGCUGCUUUGGAUUGUUAUACAAUCAUUGAAUUUGUUUUAAAAUUUGUUUCGUUCAGAAUGUAUCACUAAAGAUAUCCACUUCCUGUUCCCAGAGAUUUAAACUUCUGCUUAAACAUCCUGCAUCCAACACUCCAGCUAAAAGAGUUUGAUAUUCUAUUAAUAAGAAGUGUAAAUGCAUGAACACUUCUGGUUGUCUUGUCCUCGACUUGCAGCCGCCAAAGUGUAACUGCUGACAGACUCAAAAGCCUUCACAAAGACUUUUUUUUUUUUUGAUUGCCAUAUUUUAUCCACUACAUAUCAUUUAAAAAAUGGACUGUCUAUCAAGCGCGGUCACAUUUCAUUUCAAAUGUCAAACUGUUUCCCCACUUUCUGUUUAGACUGCCCUGUUCUUGCCUCUGCGUCAUAGAACGAGAAGAGGCCAGAGAUUAGAGGAGAUUAGUUUUAUCGCUUCCACUCAAAUUCCUUGUAGCUUUAUAUUCUCAAUUUCCUUCGCGAGAUGACCUUGAGAAGAGCUUUCCGUUAUAGAAGCAAAUAUUUUCCUUUAAUUUCUCUGCUCUCUGUACUUUUCUGCUGCAAGUCAUUGUUCAAACACAAUUACAGCAUUUCAUCCAAGAGAGGCCUGUAAUCGAUGAAGAUGACUUCAAGCUAGAGGAAAUUUUUGGAAGUAUUUUCUCCAUACGUGAGCCAAAACACAACAUUUCUGUUGUAAAUUGCAUCUGAAGCUCUCAUUUCACACCAACAAAAGUUUUGAGUGAUUAUUUUGCUAGUCAUUAUUUGAAACAAGUUCUGGACAAUUUACAGCUUUGUAGUGCGAGUAGUGGCCCUUGGGGUUUACAGAAAUCCACCGGUCAUUACUGAUGCUUUCCUGGCCUUACAAACUAUUCAGGCUGUUGAAAUACACACUAAACUGAUGGUUUACACCGAUGGUACACUUUACAAUAAGGUCUCAUUUGUUAACAUUAGCUAAUGCAUUAACUAACAAUAAGCAAUAUAUUUUUGCAGCAUUUAUUAAUCUUUGCUUAAAAAAAUAUAGUUGUUCAUUGUUCAUAUUAACUAUUGAAAUUGUUGUAAAGUGUUACCAACCGAUUAUUAUGUAUAUGAUAUUUAAUUUUUCAUUAUGGCGAAGUGAAUUGAUUCUGAGCUGAUUAUUUUAAUCAUGUUUUAUGGUAAGUUUUUUUUCCUCUAUAUCAGAAGUAAUUAUGGUUGAUUUUGCGGUCCUGCGGUGUGGCAGCUGUCCUUUCUGAUUAACCUGCUCAAUUAUCAAUAUGCAAACAUGCCAGUAAUGCAGGCAGUGUUUAUAUGCCAAAUAUGCUUAUGUGCCACAUGUUUGAACAGCUUCUGCUGUUUAUAGAUCCUCACACACACCAUCUUCAUGUUUCAUCGUCAUCCUUUCAACAUGACAACCUGAAAGUGUUAUGGUGAGCUGGCCUUUAAUAAACCACCUGGAAGAACAAAUGCUCACUUCCCACCUUUUAACAGUGGAAUCGUGUUAUCAAAUGUUGAUUUGUUUGUAUGAUGGCCAUAUUUUCUUCAACAGGGUUGCACAUCUUGUUUAAACCACAUGUACAUUUAUGCUACUCAUAUGUACAUUUGCUCCAUUUAUUUCCAUCAGAAUAAAUCAUGUGCCAGUAUUUAUCAAAAAGAAAUGAUUCAUUCAAAAUGCUUUACCCUCCGAACCACAGUAUUUGAAAAACAGCCAACGGGUCUUUGGUACCGGUGCGGACUGAGAUGCCCCGGUUUCGGUUUCUUACUGUAGAGAAGCUUCGUUUUGGGACUGGACUAAUCCUGGAUCUCAGAAUGUGAAAAGAUUAUAAAAUCUUAGUGAAAAUAACAAAUGAAAAAGGUAGUUGUUUAGCUGAGAAUAUUUUCAUUUAUUAUACUGUAUAUCAUAUCUAUAUGAAGGGUGAAUAUAAUACCAAAUAUUCAUUAUUUGUACAGAAUUAUAUAAAUAUAAAUAGUUAUAUAUAAAUCUAUAUAUAUAAUAUAAAUACAUAAUUGAUCCUUUGUUGAAGCAAAACUCUUUUUCUGCUCUUCCUUAUUGGUUGAGUUGAGUUUCUUUGGGUGGCAUGCACCAUUCUGAUGCUGAAUGUGGGUUUUUCUGCUUCAUUGCUUUUCCAGAUCCCUUUUUUGAAUGUUGUUUAUUGUUACACUUAUCAGUUUAGUUUAUUUUGUAUGUAUUCAUGAAAUGUUUAAAUUGUGUUAUUAAUUUGUGUUACGAAUUUGACUAUUUUUGUUCUUGAUCAUCUGAAUUAUUUGUGUUUCUUUUCAUGACUUGAUUAUUGCUAUGAUCAUACAUUGUAAAUAAUUCAGUCAUUAAAUUUUUGAAGGAAAUGA